AUGCCUUUGAAAGUUAUUGUUGUUGGUGCUGGAUUAGGAGGGUUGGGCGCGGCGAUCGCCUUGAACCGCUCCGGGCAUGAUGUCCACGUCAUUGAGCAGUCGAGCUUUCUCAACGAAGUAGGCGCUGCUAUUAAUGUAGCACCCAAUGCCACGCGCAUCCUGCAAGACUGGGGAUGCGAUUUCGAGAUGCUUCAGCCCGUUCGUGGUACCCAUUUCAAUUUCUGGGAUGCUGAGGGCAAUUUCAUUCAAAGCGCUGACAUCGACAUGCUUCGAAAUACACUUGAUGCCCGAGAAGAUUUUUAUUUUGCCCAUCGAGUGGAUUUGCAUAAUGCUCUACAGGCAAUGGCUUCGAGGCCCGUCGAUGGACGGAAGGUCCACCUUCGCCUUUCCUCACGGGUUGCUUCUGUCAAUGCCGAAACCGGGGUCGUUACCCUUGAAGAUGGAACGAGAUAUACCGGAGAUUUGAUCAUUGGAGCCGAUGGGAUCCAUUCCCGAACAGUGAAAAGUAUUACAGGGGAGGAGCCUCGCAAAGAGGACACUGGCCAAAACUGCUUCCGAUUUCUAGUGCCCGCGACCAAAAUGCAAUCUAACCCCCUCACUGCAUCUUUACUGGAAAAGGUAGGGACAAAGACUCUGAAUUGCUUCAUGUUGGCAGAUAGGCGCCUAGUAGUCUAUCCAUGUCGCCACGGUAACCUGUUUAAUUGUGCCGUCAUUUACCCUUCAGGUCUGGAGAACGAAGCGAGGAAUUCAUCGUGGCUUGACUCAGCAAGCAAGGAUCAACUACUUCAGACAUUAGAAGGCUUCUGCCCUGAGGUUCAGGAGAUAGGUCGUCUUGCGGAGGAUGUCAAACUGUGGACCCUCGGAUGCCGUCAACCACCACGAACAUUUGUUAAGGGUAAGCUUGCACUUGUGGGCGAUGCCGCUCAUCCCACUCUUCCCCAUCAAGGUCAGGGUGGUUGUCAGGCCUUUGAAGAUGCAGCUGCACUCGGCGCGCUCUUUCCUGCGGACACAUCAGUGGAACAAGUUUCCCACCGCCUCGAACUGUAUGACAGGGUUCGCUAUGCGCAUUCGGUAACAGUCAUGAUCUUAUCGAAGAAGCCCAAUGAACGACGUGCGGAAUUAUUGGAUGAACUUCGGACCUAUGUGCCUGACGCAGAAGUUCCGGACGACAUGUUCGCCUACGCGUGGCUCUCCUAUCCUAAACAAGAAGCUCAACGCUUGCUGGCCGCGACUAGUGUUAAGGCAUGA